AUGGGCUGGUUCUCUUCUUCCCCGCAGAAUACGCUCGCCUCCCCGGAACCCUCCAAAGACGGUGGAUACAUUGCUCCAGAUCGCACCGCCCGCGCACAAUGUUGGGAAGGACGAGACUCUUUCUUCAAAUGUCUGGAUAAGAAUGGGAUUGUGGACAGUGUGAAAGAGGAUGAAAAGGCAAGGAAGCUUUGUGCACCGGAGCUGAAGGAGUUUGAGGCAGCGUGCGCAAGCAGUUGGGUCACAUAUUUCAAGAAGAGAAAGGUCAUGGAGCAUCAAAGAGACGCAACGAUCAAGAAGCUGAGUGCAGAAGGUACAAAGGCAUUUUGA